AUGGCUUCUAGUAGCUCCGGGUCGCCGUGCGGGGCAUGCAAGUUCCUAAGGCGAAAGUGCGCGUCGGAUUGCGUAUUCGCGCCAUACUUCAGCUGGGAAGAAGGGGCGGCAAGAUUUGCAGCGAUCCACAAAGUGUUUGGUGCAAGCAAUGUUUCAAAGAUGCUAAUGCAGAUUCCAAGUCAUGAAAGGUGUGAGGCUGUGCUCACAAUUGCUUAUGAGGCUCAAGCUCGUAUUAGAGACCCUGUCUAUGGUUGUGUCUCUCAUAUUUUUGCCUUACAACAACAGGUAGCAUGCUUGCAAGCACAACUAAUGCAAGUGAAGGCACAGCUAGCUCAUCAAAACAUGCAGAAUCAUCAUAAUCAGUGGAACAAUAAUAAUAUUGGAGUAGGACAAACAUUAUUAUUCAAUAAUUAUAAUAAUAAUAAUAAUCAAUUUUGUCCCACUAAUAAUGAUAUUAAUUACAUGCCAUCACCCCAAAGUUGUUCACUUGAUGAGUCAAUUGAUCAAAGUAGCAUUAUUAGUGAUGGAAUAAUGAGCAUGCUGAGCACUGUGGAGGAUUUCUCAUUCCAAGCAUGUUCCAAGAGAAUAUCAUCAUCUUAUAAUGACAGUGAUUUGAGUGAGCUGCAAGAAUUGGCACUUAGGAUGAUGAGGAAUUAUAACUAG